AUGGAGAGAGUAAUUGGCGUCUUCUUGAAAUUGAUAAAGUCCAAAUCAAAGGGUGGCCAAAACGCCAGUUUUCUUGUUGAGCAAUUUGUGAUUCACAAUUAUACCAGCAUGGCAAUCAGCAUCUGUGAUGAAGUCAACCUCAUUUGGCCAAAGCCAUAUGGAAGAGAGAGCUACAUGGACCUUCCUAAUGAUCCUAGUAGUGCGCAGUUGUGGGAGUCAUUUCAUCAGUUUAUUAAUUUGAAUGAUGACUUGGUGGAAGGUGUAGGCGGCCCUAGUAAAGAACAUGACAUGGCUGCCCAUGACUCAUCUGUACCAAUUGUCAAACAGUGGUCACAAAACAGCUCAACAGGUCGCCAAACACAACCUACAUAUGCAGUAAUAAGUGUCAAUGAUAUUUGUCAUCAAGUUGGCCUUAUACAAUACCCACCAAAUGGAAAUAAGUUCUACGUAAUUGCAUCUUAUUAUGUUUUCAACAAUAAUAUGCACAUUACAAAGGGCAACCUUUCUAUUUUAUAA